UUGCAGCUGUAGGGUUAAUUACAAUAAAACUUCACUGUGAAAACCUGCAAUACUAUGGAGCCUGAAGCUGACUAUAAAGAUAGCUCUCUUGUUCUGAUUAAGCAAGGAGCUGAAGCUAGGGUUUUUGAGUCUUCUUUUGUGGGAAGGAGGUCUGUUAUCAAGGAACGUUUCUCAAAGAAAUACAGACAUCCAAUUUUGGAUUCUAAGUUGACACUCAAGCGCUUAAAUGCGGAGGCUAGGUGCAUGACCAAAGCAAGGCGCCUUGGGGUUCGUACUCCCGUGCUUUAUGCUGUGGAUCCUGUUGUGCACACAUUAACAUUUGAAUAUGUUGACGGCCCUUCAGUCAAAGAUGUGUUUCUUGAAUUUGGGUCUCUUGGUGUCAACGAAGAACGUAUGGGCAACAUUGCGUCCCAAAUUGGUGAUGCAAUUGGAAAGUUGCAUGAUGGAGGUCUUGUUCAUGAUGAUUUAACUACAUCAAACAUGUUAUUGAAGAAUGAUACCAAUCAGUUGGUUCUUAUUGACUUUGGUUUGAGCUUCACUUCAACUCUACCGGAAGAUAAGGCUGUUGAUUUGUAUGUCCUGGAAAGAGCUAUUCUUUCAAUGCAUUCUUCAUGUGGCAAUGUGAUGGAUCAGAUACUUGCAGCAUACCGCAAGUCAUCAAAGCAGUGGUCAUCCACAUUGAACAAGCUGGCGCAAGUGCGACAAAGAGGACGAAAGAGGACCAUGGUUGGGUGAUUCUUUCUCAAACUUCAUUUCCAUAUUUGAGUAAACAUGAGGAUGACAAUCAGUGAAUGUUAGUAAUGUAAUCUAUGUUUAACUUCUCUGUUUUUGCAUAUUUGUAAUAUGCACAUCUAUUACAGUUCUGGAGAAAUGCAGCGACAUUUGAACUUC